AUGCAAGGAGUGUUGGGGGACGACGAUGAUGUUGAUGCAGGGAAUGCUGACACGGAGGAGUCCGAAAGUGAGGAUGAGUCCGAACGCGUUGAGGUAAUCGACAGUGAAGAAAUAAGUGACUUGGACGACUACGAUGAUCAAUCCGAGGGUGAGCCGCUGGGCCCAGCUGGGAUGGCCGACCAAGACGAUAAUAGCCAAGUCGACAAUGGAAGUGUACAGCAGGAUGAGGAGAGUGGAAGGACGGCAGCUCACGAUAUUGCACCCAUUCUGGCGAUGCGUACGCUGGUGCGUCGUGGCGGUCGCGGCGGCGGCUGUGGUGGACGUGGUGGAAUGGGAGGCAUCGCCUCAUCGCGGACUGCCGAGCAGAGCACCUCCCUCGUCCGACAAGACAACAGGGGUGGCAAAUAG